AUGUACAUUCGGGCGCUGCAAGGCAAGGAGAAUGCACUUGGACCAGACCACACAUCGACACUUUCAACGGUCAAUAACCUAGGCGCCCUCUAUGCUGAUCAAGGAAAGCUGGCCCACACAGAGAAGAUGUACAUUCGGACGCUGCAAGGCUACGAGGAGGCUCUCGGCGUCGAGGCUGUGUCAUCAUAUCUCGCAGCGUUGAACACCAUAAUCGCCUUUGGUGACCUCUACUCGCAAACAGAUCGGAAGGACAUGGCGAAAGUAAUGCACAUUCGAGCAUGGUCGGGAUAUACGGUCGUUCAAGGACCAUCCUCGAAAGGGUGUAUUGAAAUCGAAGGUUGGCUUCAGGCAUUGCAACUUACGCCGGCUCAGAUCGGGGCUCAACAUAUGCCUACCGUGCUCGAAUAA